AUGAAAGCUCUCUUCGUUCUGAGGUCAGGGGCUUUGCUUCCUGAUUAUGGUCCGGAACUUCAAGCGAUUCCAAAUCAAUCAACAUUUUUCUUUAGGGAAAACUGGUCUUUGAAGGAGAAGAUAGUAGGUGAUAUAUUUAGAGAAGAGAUCUUUCAAGGAAAAACCUAUCGGAGUGUGGAUCAAUCGUUGGCAAGUGAAAAAGACUUUGACGGAUCUACUCAAUGUGCUACCUAUGCGGAGGAUGAUUGUGGUGAAGGAAUAGUGGAGGUCAGAGUAAUAGAAUCAGUACCAAGCUCUAGUGAGGCGACACGUGAUGCAAGGGAGUUGGCUAGGGUACAAAUGAUUAUGGAGGACCAGUUAGUUGUACAAGAGAUGAAACAAAGAAGGAGGGUAGCAGAAGGGGUAAACCACCACUCUUAUAUCUUCUUUAUAGUGGAAUACAACCUAUCAGCAAAGUCUGCUUAA